AGGAAGAACUUCUGAGGAAAAAAUGGUUACUAUUUAUUUUUCAAACGACACCAAAGGAGUAUAAACCGAACGUUUUACUUUGCGCGCGUCAUUUUACCGAAGAUUGCUUCAUCAAUCUUGGCGCCUUUACUGCAGGAUACAUUAAACGUCUUUCCUUAAAAGAUGUUGCAAUACCAACUUUAUUUGGACCUGUAAGCUCCACCGAAUCACAACCUAGUACAUCACAGCAGACCAUUGUGUCACCACAAGUUUCAAGUCUAUGCAAAACAGCUGAAGUGGGUUGUCAGACUGACUCACCACAAAAAGUCUUGGCGGUAACUCAAACAGAUGAAUUGUCAAAAACAUCAGUCGGCACACAAUUGUCCAUCGGUACACUAAAACAAACACACACUCGGAGCAAAGCCUCACAGGCAACAGCUUCUUGUGUGAGUGCUUCAUAUGACAUGCCAUUUUCAUCAACACCUGUAAAAGCGACUGAUUACAGAACACACAAAAGACCUCGACUGAUGUUGGAAGAGGAAGAAGAGGAGGAGGAACAGGAUGAAGAAUCAUACACGCAAUUUCAGAUAGACCCUCAUGACUCAACUUUUAACCCAGUAGAAUCUACUGUUACAGAAGAAUCUGAACUGUCAGGGAAAUCGGAUGUACAGCAACAGCGUAUGGGCACAUAUGUGGCAUUCUCUCAGCUUUGCCACAAGUGUACUUACAAUCGGAAAUGGCAGAGCCAGCCUUUGGUCGGAAGUACACCCAUCGGAAAUCUCCUGUUAUCCGCUGCUAUUUAUUUUACAGGAGGAUCAUUCUUCCAUUUUCAAAAAAUUUGCAGGACCAUGGAGUUACAAGUUUUACACUAUAGUACAUUCCGGAGACAUUGCAGAAACUUCUUGGAGCCAGCAGUUGUGCACAAAUGGAAAAGUGAACAGCAAAACAUUUUACAAAAAUUACAACAGGGGGGAACAAUUGCUGUAGCUGGAGAUAUGCGUGCAGACUCGCCAGGCCACUCAGCAAAAUAUGGAAGCUACUCUAUCAUGCACAUGGAAAGCAAUACUAUUUUGGACCUUCAGCUUGUUCAGAGCAAUGAAGUUGGAGGAAGAUCUCAUAUGGAGAAAGAAGGGCUAAAGAGAUGUUUGGAUCUGCUAGAGAAUAAAGGUUUAUCAGUGGACUACAUAGUCACUGACCGGCACCCACAGAUCCAGAAAUAUCUGAGAGACCGCAGCAUUACUCAAUUUUACGACGUGUGGCACUUUGAAAAAGGUUUGUCAAAGAAGUUGAACACACUGUCCAAAAACAAGGAUUGUGAGUUGUUGAAGAAGUGGCUGCACAGCAUCCGGAACCAUGUUUACUGGUGUGCAACGUCUUCUACGUCAGGACCAGAGAAGGUUGCCAAAUGGACGUCAAUUCUCAAUCACAUACAGAAUGUUCACAUACAUGACAAUUCCAUCUUUCCGAGGUGUGAACAUCCUGUACGUGUUUCCAAGGCCCCCAAGAAAUGGUUUAAACCAGCAUCAGCAGCUCUCCGCAAGGUUGAAAAAGUCCUUUCCAACAAGAGGGUUCUCAAGGACAUGGAAAAGCUAAGCCACCAUUUCCAAACAUCAUCCCUGGAGGCUUUCCAUAGCUUGAUUCUCCGAUUUACACCCAAAAAUGUGUCUUUUCCUUUCAUGGGAAUGUUGUGCAGGCAGUACCUUGCUGUGCUACAUUACAAUGAAAAUGCGAACCGAACACAAGCCACAACAUUGGCAGGACAGCCAAUGUACAGACUUGAGCUGCCAAAAUCCCAAAAAGGAGAAUUCAUAGUACGGCCAAUUAAAACUGAACCAACACACCAUUAUGUCAAAGAACUACUGAAUCUUGUCUUUGAAGAGGUGAUAAUCGACCCCACUCCAUUUGGUGAGGAACUGAAAACCAUUCCUGUUCCCCCUGAACUUUGUGCAGAAUUUGAGAGACCAUCAAAGGAGGACCAGCUCACAAAGCUCCGAUACGCCAGAUGGCGGAAUUGCCUAUAAUUCAAAAACACAAUAUUUAAUAUUUGUGAAUAUGUGUGUACAUAAAUGUAUUUUCUAUACAUAUGAAUAAGUACUUUUCAUUUAUAGUUUUAAUAUAAGUUUUGCAAUAAAUAAUUAAA